AAAUUUCAAGAUUUCUUCAACCUGAAUGAGACCGGAGACCCAAAUAAAGACACCUGUGGCAUUCUGACGGUCGAGGGCCGCUCGUUCCCGGUGGACAUCUUCUACACUGUCAGUCCUGUGCCAGACUAUGUGAAGGCGACGGUGGAGACCGUGCUGAAGAUCCACGAGACCGAGGACGACGGAGACGUGCUGGCGUUUCUCACAGGACAGGAGGAGGUGGAGAAGGUGGUGUCUCUGCUCCAGGAACAGGCGCGCACCCUGUCCCGCUACGGGAUGAAGAAGCACCUGUGUGUGUUGCCCAUGUACGCGGGCCUGCCCUACAGCGAGCAGAUGAGGGCGUUCGAGAGGAUGCCGCCCACUGUCAGAAAGGUGGUGGUCGCAACCAAUAUAGCGGAGACCUCCAUCACCAUCAACGGGGUGGUGUUUGUGAUCGACUGUGCGUUUGUGAAGCUGCGGGCGUAUAAUCCCGUGACCGCGAUCGAGUCUCUGAUCGUGACGCCCAUCUCUAAAGCCUCCGCCUGCCAGAGAGCCGGCCGCGCCGGGAGGAACCGCGCCGGGAAGUGCUUCCGCCUCUACACCGAGGAGGACUUCGAGAAGCUGCCGGAGUCCACGGUCCCCGAGAUGCAGCGCUCGAACCUGGCUCCGGUCAUCCUGCAGCUCAAAGCCCUGGGCAUCGACAACGUGCUGCGCUUCAACUUCCUCUCCCCUCCUCCCGCUCAGUCCAUGGUCCAGGCUCUGGAGCUGCUCUUCGCUCUCGGAGGUCUGGACCAGUACGGGCGCCUCACGGACCCGAUGGGGGUGCGGAUGGCCGAGUUCCCGCUCAGUCCCAUGUUCGCCAAGAUGCUGCUGGAGUCGGGGAACUUCGGCUGCUCCAAGGAGAUCGUCACCAUCGCUGCCAUGAUGCAGAUUCAGAACCUGUUCACGGUGCCACACAAUCAGAGGAAAGCAGCUGCGCGGGAGCACCGGAAGUUUGCCGUGGCGGAGGGGGAUCAUCUCACCAUGCUGAAUGUGUAUGAGGCUUUCAUAAAGCACCAGAAGAGUUCGCAGUGGUGUCAGGAGCACUUCCUCCACUAUAAAGGUCUCCUGCGGGCCGUGGCCGUGCGAGAGCAGCUGCGACACCUCCUCAACAAGUUCAAGGUGCCUCGCACCUCCAGCGAGGGUGACCCGGACGUGAUUCUCCGAUGUAUCGUGUCUGGGUUUUUCGCGAAUGCGGCCCGUAUGCAUCACUCCGGCUCCUACAGGACUCUACGUGACGACCGAGAGCUGUUCAUCCACCCCGAUUCGGUGCUGUUUGGAGAAAAGCCCCCAAAAUGGGUGGUCUUCAAUGAGGUGGUUCAGACCAGCAAGUACUACAUGCGGGACGUGACGGCGGUGGAGUCGUCCUGGCUGGUGGAGCUGGCGCCGCACUUCUACAAACAGGCCAAGCACGGGUCUCUGAGCAGCAAACGGGCCAAAGUCUUCUGAACGACUCUCUCCUGAACCACAGGAUCCACACACGCUGACUCGGGGUGUUCAUUGCAGCUGCAAGGCGAAAGGGAACACUGUGUUAUUUUGUAUAUACAAAUGUAUGACAUAUUUAUGCUGUCAUGGUCAUCUUUGUAUUAUUUAAUAGCUUUUUAGUGAAGGUUGAGAGCCAUCGGAAAAACGUGACUGUGAUUUUCUUGAUUACCGUUUGAGAGUGAGAGAAUGACUGGAUGGAUGGAUUGAUCGCACGAACACCUACCCUCAAUAACAACCGGAAUAUUAUUAUAAUAAGCUAUUUUCCCCCCGUUUGUUUUUUUCAAAACCCUCAUCGGAGAAAUACUGUGUAGCUCAAACGUAGUGGCCUUUCAACCAUUAUGUGCCAAAUAUUAUAAAACCAUAGAACAUUUCCUGUUGUAUAUGGAAUGUGCAAAUAAUUGUAGUUACACUGUAAGCAUGUGACAAAAAAGUGCCAUUUUUUAUAUUAUAUAUGUAUAGGUUCCUAAACGGUAGCCUUGUGCACCUCUGGCCUAAAAAACUGUGUAAGUAGGUGUAAUUAUUCAUUUAAUCGUAUGGUGUACUUUAGGAAAGAUCAGCCAUGACUAGUUUGAGUGGUGAGUUAAUAGCACAGUGAACGAGACGCCUCAGGGAAGAGCUUAUUUCCUACUACAGUGUACAGUCAAAUAUCGAACAUGGAUGAGAACGUAAUGAAUUCUGGGCGUGGCUUUAACAGGAAGGCUGAGGUGCCAAUCAUGCGAGGGGAGGCGGAGCCUCGGUACUGUAAUGUUUUGGCUUUCAGCAAAUGGGCAUUUUUUUUCCAAAUUUGAUUUUAAUUUUUCCUUUUCCUUUAUUAUCUUCUUUAUUACGUCCGAGAGAAAAAAAAACGUGUUAAAAUCUACUUUCACGGUAACUUUGCCAAAUGUCUUCAAGACAAUAUCCGUGGUGUAUAGUCGGUUCAGUAGCUGUGAGUAGUGUAGAUUUAGCUGUAUAUGAUCGCAGUUUAAACGUUCUCGCAUGUCUUUAAACAUUAGUAAACCUCGAGUAGUUUCACAGCAGUGCAGUGUUUUGAUGAGGAAUCACAAAUAAGCGGAUGUAAAUGUGCAACAUGUAGUUUCUCGCCGCUCUGUGAAGCAUAAAGUCAAUAAAGUCUUAUGUUCGUGGUUAAUGAAUGUGCAGUAGUUUGUGGGAAACGGUAUGUGGUUUUGAUUUAUACAAAAUGUGAAGCUAAUGGAGCGGGAGAAAUCCACGUCAUCAUCAGUUUAUAACUAUAAUUAUGUUACGUUCAUCAAAACGUAUGUGCUUCUGGUCCUUUCACAUGGUUCGUUUUGGCUUUGUGUGGAUAGGAGUGAAUAGCAGUGAAUGGUUUUUUUUUUUUUUGCUUACAGAAUGUAGCCUAUAAUUUUUUUUUUUGUCAUGUUUCUGGAUUUAACACAAAUAAACGUAAAAAGCCCCCUAC